AUGGCAGAAUUUCAGCGUGGGCUGGUGGAGACAUUUGAAAUCACGACGCCGUUCCAGAUGUCGUACUCGUUCACGCUCAAAUCGUCGACGGGGGCAAUCCAUCAUCGCCGGGCACAGUUUGCUUCGACAAAGCCUCACUUUGCCUUCCAAAACAUCAGUAUGGCCACUGUCUUGACAAAAAGAAGGGUCGUGGGUUCUCCACGAAGUCACUGGUUUGCCACCGUCAAGAUUGCAUUAGGACCCUUUGGAUCGAUCGACGCGUAUCAUGUCCCGUUCUCUUUGCCCCUCGUGACUCUCCUAUGGAAAGUGCAAACGAUUCUCACAGCCAACGCCCUGACUAUAUCCGACAAACCCCUUGUCGAACUGAUCCACUCGGUCCAAAGCGCGGAAUUUAUGUCCACAUGGUCGAAUAGUUCGAGGCAUUUUUCUGCUGGAAAUAUCAUCUGCGACUACACCUCCAGUCCAGGCUCGACCGACCGUACGGUCAAAGGGUCAUUUACGAGCGACGGCGACUGUGUGGGGGUCAAGUCGAAUGUCAUUUACGCCAGUCGAAUGCAGAUUCUGUUUGCUGCCCUCGCGUGGCACAUUCAAUGGCCCCACGAAGCGUUGGACAUCCAGUUUAUUUGCGCUCUGAAUGCCAAUGCGUGUGUGGAUGAUUUGACGAACACCUUGUUAUGGGCGACCGCUGAGACAGGGAACGUGUCCAUGAUUCAGUUUGAAGCUAAGUCCCGACAACUGCUGCUAUUGACACUGUUUGGUUCCAAGUCUAUUGCUAACACGGGUUGGAUGCUCUUGUACGAGUGGGUCGUGGGUGUCCGGGAAGUGGUGGCCUUUGCUGGCGACGCCAACGUGAAAUGGCAAGUCAUGUCCGAGUAUGCCAUCGCGUAUAGCUCGGGCGUUUUGGCCUUGAUUGGCUUUAGCACGUGGGCAAUGGUGGCGGCUAAUCGGUAUGCCGUCGACACUGGCAAUCUGUUCAAUUCAACCGAGUCGCGGGCUUGGUGCGGGUAG